AGACUCUGAUAUAUAUAUCCUAAUGGAAGAUCGUUCAAUCACGGCACUUUCCCAGAGUCAACAGAGCAGCACUUUUCUCACUUUUUUCUCUUCGAAAGAGACUACUUUUCAUUCCUGCUAUUGAAACUCACCGAAGAAGAUAUUCUGUCAAGCUGAUCAUUCGUCGCAUUACUAGAUAGCAAUUCAUGCAAUUAUGAAAGUUAUCGACAAACUAGUGCCUUACCUUUCGAUGUCAUUGUCAACCAUGGUCAUGGCACAGUUACCAUUUUUUCUGCAGCGCUUCAGACCAGUCAGACAUGGACUUUUAGGAUCUGCAUCAUCUUCAUAUCCUUCAUUAUUUUCACCUUUCUCAGCUUCUUCCUCCCUUUCACCCACUUACGGCUCACCAGGACUUCUGGGAUCUUCAAGCUUUGGAUCCUCUUCUCUCGGAUUACCUGGAGCAAAUUCCUUGUUUCUUGGAUCCCCAGCAUAUUCUUCGUCAAGUUUUGGGGCUUCACCAUUUACAAGUUUUUCAGCUGCGCCUUCCUCCUCUAAUUUACCAUCAUCUUUAUUUUCGGCAUCGAGUUUCGGUGUACCAUCUUACGGAUCACCGAGUUUCAGCUCAUCGCCUUUUGCAUCAGCAAGUCUUCAUUCUCCCACUAUUGGAUCUCCAAGUCUAGGUGCACAGAAAUUUGGAUCAUCGGCUUUAGGGUCUCAGUCUUUCGCAGAUUUAGGAACUAUCAGCAACUUCGAGGGAUUUGGAGGAUUCGAUCACGCUGAUCUCUUCGAUGAUUAUCCCGGAUUUUCUAACGUUGGAUUUGCAAAAGAUUUGAAUUUUGCUGGAUCCCAACAAGUCAAGUUUCAGACUCCAACUCCUUCAUCGUUCAAUAGUGAAUACGCCUUUCGUCGAAGAUCAGUAGACAAACAUUAAAGCUCAAAAUUGAUGUCACCUGGUGUGACAUCAAAAAGGUAUUAUUAUCACUGUAUCUCAUAAGUUAAUUCAUUUCAUGUUUCACUGAUAUUUCAUGCAUCUAUUUUGUAAAUAUGUUUUGUAAUUAAUUGUCUGCUCCUUUAAUAAAAUAUAUUGUUAUUUUUUAA